CUGAACUGUCAGUAUGACUUUUUUUCUCUCAGAUUUAAAUGAACCCCGAGCGAUGCAGGCUCAAAGGAUGUGGAGCAGCUAUACAGUUCGUGACUGUAUUCUUCUGUUCAUUGAAUGUGAUAAAUGCCGGCCUUGAAUAUGGCUGGACAUCGGCCGCCUUUCCAGUUCUACUGAAACUGGAGGAGAACAAAACUGAGCCAUUGGUAACCAGCGAACAAGGUGUAUGGAUAGCCACCCUGCCACUUCCAGGGGCAGUUAUCGGAGCUUCAGUGAACGCUUUCGUAUGUGAUAUAGUUGGAAGGAAACCUUUUAUAUUAUUCACCACUAUACCCUAUGCAAUCCAUUGGAUUCUCAUCAGCGUAGCGAAUGGCGCCCCUAUGUACUACAUUGCUAGAGUUUUAUGUGGAUUUUCAAGUGGAAUGGCACUUUCUGCUAUACCAAUGUAUACUGGAGAAAUAUCUAAUCCUAAAUUCAGAGGCCGACUUUGCGCAGUUGCGCCAAUGUGUAUUGUUAUUGGAGUAUUCCUAAUCAAUUUAUUCUGUAUUUUUCUCACUAUACAGAUGGCAGCCCUUGUUGCCCUGACUUUUUCGUCAACGAGCUUUCUUGGUCUCCUUUUCAUGCCCGAAAGUCCGUACUUUUAUCUCAUGAAAAAUAAAGAGGAGAAAGCACUGAGAUCGCUCAGAAUUUUCGAAGGGAAAAGAGACGUUGAAUCUGACCUACAAAGAAUGAAGCAGGCAGUUCAAGAACAAAAUGAAAAAACGAACGGAGGUUUCAAAGCUUUGGUAAAGAACAGAGUGGAUCGUCGAAGUGUUUGUAUUGUGGCGUUCUUAAGAGCAGCUCAGCCUCUUUGUGGGAUAACUACACUUGUAUAUUACUCUAGUGUCAUCUUGGGAGAAAAUGCAUCGAAUUUAUCGGUCAAGUAUGCUACUAUGGCUUUUACCGUAGCGCUUAUGAUAGCAGUAAUUAUUGGUCUUUCAAUUGUAGAUGUGCUGGGAAGAAGACCUCUGAUUUUAUUUUCACUUGCUGGGUCGUUUGUCGGACUUACUGUGUUAGCCAUUUAUAUACAUUUGAAAUCUUCUGAUGUUGACACAUCUUCAUUCACUUUCAUACCACUUUUUGCAUUGAUAAUGGUAGUUUCAUUUUAUGGUGUUGGAUUGCAACAAAUACCAUAUGUUUUGCAAGGAGAACUUUUUGCAACAUCAGUCAAAGCAUCUGGUGUUGCUCUAGGGCUCAUAGUUUUCUGUGUUUUUUCUCUGCUCUCUUCGAAAUACUUCCAGCAUAUGAAUGAUAAAGGGAAAGGGCACAUUACAAUUUACACGUUUGCUGUCUUUAGUGUAGUGACAUUCGUAUUUGUUUUAUUCUGUAUGCCAGAAACUAAAGAUUUAUCUUUAGAAGACGUGCAAAUAAUGAUGGAGCAGAGAAAACUUCAUUUCAAAGAUGUAGUGAACAGUCCUCAAUAAAUA